AUGUCUUGGCUCUCCUGGCUCCACACUCGGUUGCCCUCCUCGGCCCUCUCCUUGCUGCUUCUCAUUGUAGUGGGCAGACAGACGGGGCCGGAGGUGGCUCAGGCGAUAGUGUGCUCCCGGUGGGGAGCACCAAGCGACAAGAGCCUCUCCCAGGAUGGAGAUGUGAUUAUCGGUGGGCUUUUUAAUCUGUAUUACACACCGUCUGUUCAGCAGGGAUUCACCAAGCUUCCUCACUAUGAACCAUGCACUGGUUUAGAUCUAAAGUCAUUAAAAAACGUAUAUAGUAUGACGUUUGCGGUGGAUGAAAUCAAUCGUAACAGCACCCUGCUACCAGGAGUGAAGCUGGGCUACCGUAUACUUGAUAGCUGUUCCCGCUGGGCUCUGCAAGCUGCACUGUCGCUGGUUGGAGGAGACGCACACAGCUGCAACUUAACAUCCUCUACGCCUCGUGGUCAGCCUGUUCCUUUACUCAUUGGUCCUGCCGCAUCAACAAUAACCAUAAUUCUGUCAAGGAUCCUUGGGCCUCUCUCUGUGCCACUUAUCAGCUACCUUGCAAGCUGCCCCUGUCUUAGUGACAGGCUUAAGUUUCCAAACGUCUUCAGAACAAUCCCCAGUGAUAUUUACCAAGCCCGGGCCAUGGCACGACUGGCCAUACACUUCCGUUGGACAUGGAUGGGAGCUGUGAUUAUAAACAAUGAUUAUGGUCAUUUUGCGAUACAGGCAUUUCAGGAAGAGACUAAGGGGAAAGGGGUGUGUUUGGAAUUCAUAGAGACCGUCGACAGAGAAACUAUUGUGAGUGAUGCCAGACGUGUAGCCCUCACAAUUCAAGCUUCGACUGCCAGGGUGAUUCUAAUCUUUUGCUGGUAUACAGAUGUAAGGACAAUAUUGCUGGAACUGGCGAAGAGAAAUGUGACUGACAGACAGUUUCUGGCCAGUGAGGCUUGGAGCACCAGUGGUGAUCUUCUCCAAGAUCUUGCCAUCUCUAAAGUGGCAAGUGGUGUUCUUGGUGUGGCCAUUCGAAGUGCAACAAUACCCGGAUUUCAGAAUUAUCUCAGAAGUUUGCACCCAAUUCGUCGUCCUGAUGAUGAAUUCUUACGAGAAUUCUGGGAAAAGGAGUUUGGAUGCACACCCUGCAGUGGCACAGAGUCCCUGGAGGGAGUGCAGAAUCCCUUCACUGACACUUCCCAGCUAAGGGUGGCAUAUAAUGUCUACCUAGCUGUUUAUGCUGCAGCCCACGCCCUCCACAGUCUUCUCUCCUGCAACAGAUCCACCUGCUCCUCUCCAAAACACAUCAAACCCAUAGAGCUGUUGCAGCACUUGAACAAGGUGAACGUCACCACACCACAGGGGGAAAUGUUUUACUUCCAAGGUGCCGACAUUCCAGCAAAGUACGACCUUGUCAACUGGCAGAAGACCCCUGAGGGGUCACUCAAACUGGUUUUGAUCGGCCGUGUGGACGGGUUUGACCUCCAUCUUAAUGAGUCGGCUAUUCAGUGGAGCACAGGAUCCACUCAGGUGCCUGUUUCAGUGUGCAGUGAGAGCUGCCCACCAGGCACCCGGAAGGCCAACAGGAAAGGAGAACCUCUCUGCUGCUUUGACUGUAUCCCAUGUGCUGAAGGGGAGAUUAGCAAUCAAACUGGUUCCCUUCACUGUGAACGUUGUCUAUCAGAGUUUUGGUCCAAUGCUAAACAAACUGCCUGCAUCCCUCGCCAGCUGGACUUCCUUUCCUUUCAUGAAACCUUGGGCAUCACCCUGACUGCAGUAGCUGUGUCUGGUGCCGCGGUGACAACAGCUGUGUUUGUGGUGUUUCUCUGCUACCGUCAAACACCUAUGGUGCGAGCCAACAAUUCAGAACUCAGCUUCCUGCUUCUCCUGUCGCUGAAGCUCUGCUUCCUGUGCUCGCUGGUGUUCAUCGGUCGUCCAUCAGUCUGGGCUUGUCGGUUCCAGCAGGCAGCUUUUGGGAUCAGCUUUGUACUUUGUGUUUCCUGCCUCCUGGUCAAAACCCUGGUAGUUCUUGUUGUUUUCCGCUCAGCUCGGCCCGGUGCUGAAGCCCUGAUGAAGUGGUUUGGUCCAGGCCAGCAGAGAGGAAGUGUCUGCCUCUUUACAUCUAUACAGAUUAUCAUCUGUGCCACAUGGCUGUCCCUCAGCCCCCCUGUGCCUCAACGUGAUCUUGGUUUUCAAGGUUCAAAGGUCACCCUGGAGUGUGCCAUGGCCUCUGUGGUGGGCUUCUCCCUGGUUCUGGGUUACAUUGGUCUGCUGGCCUGCACCUGCCUCCUCUUGGCCUUUCUUGCCCGGAAACUCCCCGACAAUUUCAACGAGGCCAAACUGAUCACCUUCAGCAUGCUGAUAUUCUGUGCUGUCUGGGUGGCCUUUGUUCCUGCUUACGUUAGCUCUCCUGGGAAAUAUGUUGUCGCUGUGGAGAUUUUUGCAAUCCUGGCCUCUAGCUAUGGUUUACUGCUCUGCAUUUUUGCCCCCAAAUGUUUCAUCAUUCUCUUGAGGCCUGAGAAAAACACUAAGAAACACCUGAUGGCCAGGUAGUCUUUCUGGCUUAAACGUGAGCAGACUCUCUUCGUCUGCUUGAGACAAUCUUGCCACGGCCUGAUAUCAUGCAAUGUGUAUGUGUAUAUGUUAUGUCAAUUCCUUUCAUCUAAAUAAUACUAAUUUUUAACGUG